AUGUCAGCUCGCAGAGCAAGAACUAGAGGUCGUGGUCAGAGAUGGGCGCCAAAUCCGCCUCUUCCAUCUCCGUCACCACCACCAAUGCCUUCGCCUCCACCAUCUCCACCUGCCGGAGAUAACGUUUCGGAUUUGAGGCAUGUACUUUGCCAGUUCACACGCACCAUGACCACAGCUUUGCGGGGAAGACGUGGUACUGAAAACUCUGAAAUUAAAAGAGUCAAGGAACUUGGAGCAAAGGAGUUCAUGGAUAGCACUGAUCCAGCGGAAGCCGAGUCCUGGAUUUCAGAUGUGGAAAGAAUCUUUGAGGUGUUAGAGUGUCCAGAUGGUGAUAGGGUCCAUUUGGCCACUUUUCUGCUGAAAGGAAAUGCCUACCAUUGGUGGAAAGCUGCAAAAAUGGGCUAUGAGAAUCCGGCUGCUAUAACUUGGGAAGAAUUUCAGAGGGUCUUCUCCGAACAAUUCUAUCCACCUUCCUACCGGUAUGCCAAGAAGUAA